AUGAGGGAGUCCAGCUCACCGUUUAAUUUGUUUCCGGCUCAUUCAUCGAAAAAUACGACCCAACCAUUGAAGAUUUCUAUCGAAAGGAAAUUGAGGCUGAUGGUCAACCAUGCGUUCUCGAAAUCUUGGAUACAGCGGUUUAGGAGCAAUUCGCAUCGAUGCGAGAUUUAUACAUUAAAAAUGGACAGGGUUUUGUCG